AUGUCCAACAACUACACUUGCGUUCCCGCCAUCAAAUGGCUGAUCAGAAACCUCCGCAACUAUGAUGCUGAGGAUGACGGAAUCGCCGCGUGGAACGCGAUCCUGAAUCUCCGAUUCCCAUCCACGCAAGGAUUUUUAGUUCGCCCGCGCAUCCACACUGCUGUGCGUGGAUGUCCAGGCUGGUUCGAGCUUCAAGUCUCCCAUUUGGAAGACAGCCGCCAGAACCCAGUUCUUAUGCUGUAUUAUCAGCGCGCAGAUAGACAGAAUGAUAACCAGUGGGAAGUCGGACAGAGAGAGCUACAGCUGUAUCUCGCGUUUCGAUAUCGUCACGUCGCAGAAGAUUCAUCACCUAUCUAUGGCAUCCUUGCAAUUGGUGCUAAGUUGAAGAUCUUCGAGUACGACAAUCCCUCCCGCAGCAUCGAGCGGUUUGUUCCGCCUUGGGAUUUGGAACGUCAUGAUGAGCAGGUUUGGGAUAUGCUCAAAAAAAUCAACAGGAGCCAUACCGAUGGUAGCGUCUGUGAAGCAGGAGGUAUCAAGUUUGAGUUGGGUGGACAAGGGAAUGAGGCAUUGAAGAAUGCUUUUUUGAGGGAGAUUCGCGAAGUUUGA